AUGUCUGUCGAUGUUGAUAUUUUUCCUCAUUUAAUUAUGAAAGAUAAUAUAUUAACCGCACAAUAUGAUAGAAGAAAUAGUUGGGCAACUUCAAUAUCUUCAUCAUCAACAACAACAACAACAAAUACAACAUCAUGGUUUGAAAGAAAAUUAUUUAGUCAUUUUAAACGUUUUUUUCGACGAAAAUCAUUAUCAUUAGUAUCAAAUUCAUUAUCAUCAAGUCGUCGAACAUCAUCUAUUAUUGAAGAUAAUAUUAUAUCAUUACAAGUUGAUGAACAACCAAAAUUAAUAGAAGAAGAAAUAGAAGAAGGAAAACCUAUUAACAAUAGCAAUGAAAAUCUUCCAUUACCAUUGAUUUCAUCUGAAUCUAAUUCUAUUGAUUUACUUUAUGAUUAUGAUCGUCUUUUAGUUCGUUGUAUUGAAAAAUAUGAACGUGAUCGAACGGAAAUUAUUUUACAUAGUCAAACACAAAUAUCAAUUCCACAUGCUGAUUUAAUUGUUGGUCAAUCACGUACAAUAGUUAUCAAUUGGAAAUCAUAUAUACGUUUAUUUCAUUCAUUAAAACGUGAUUCACAUCUAUUUCAACAAUAUAUUCAUCAAUAUUAUUCAUGUCAAUCAUUUAUAAAUCACCGUGAACAAUUAAUAUUAAAUAUUCGUACAACAAAAACAAUAUUUGAUAAUGUUCUUCGAAAAUUUCUUGAUAAAUAUGUUACAUGCUUAAUAUGUCAAACGGCACAAACAUAUUUGAUUAAAUUAGAUCGUGUAUGGAGAAUAGAAUGUCAAUUAUGUGCUACUCAACGAAUAGUUAAACGUCUCAAAUGGAAACGUCACCAAUAA